AUGGGAUGGAAAGGAGGUAGAGAUAUUGGCUUCUCUCUCUCUCUCUCUCUCUCUGCAUUGCUCUCCUUACAGCUUGGCUACCAAAUAUGCAUGGCUGCUGUCUUGGAUGAUGAUUCUGUUGAAUUUUUUUUUCUUCUUUCUGUCUCCUACUCUUCUCUCACUCUUCCCAGGUGGGUUUGUGAGGACUUCCCUGAUUUGAAGGGUAUCUUGGAGAAUCGCAUUCUACAAGACUAUGACUCUAAAAGCUAUGAGAGCAUGAAGAGCUUAUGUGAUCGCUAUAACAAGGCUAUUGACAGCAUCUUGCAAUUACAAGGAACUCCCCGUCCAAAUCACUUAUACACCAGGCCGUCUACGAACCUACUGAAACACAUUUUACAACAGUGUUACAACCAAGCAGUCACUGAUCCUGAGAAACUUAAUCAGUAUGAACCAUUUUCACCUGAGGUUUAUGGAGAGACUUCAUUUGAACUUGUUGAUCAGAUGAUCAGCUCGAUUCAAUUCACUGAAGAUGAUUUCUUCAUUGACUUGGGAAGUGGUGUUGGUCAAGUUGUUCUCCAAGUAUCUGCUGCAACUCCAUGUAAAAUGUGCUAUGGCAUUGAAAAAUCUGAGUGGCCAGCAACCUACGCUUCUAACAUGGACAAAGUCUUUCUCAAAUGGAUGAAAUGGUAUGGAAAACGGCAUGGUCAGUAUCAGUUGGAGAAAGGUGACUUUUUAUCAGAUGAAAUGAAGGAGAAGAUCAACAAUGCAACUGUGAUAUUUGUUAAUAAUUUUGCUUUUGGACCUCAGGUUGAUCAUCAGUUGAAACUUCGAUUUGCCAACAUGAAGGAAGGUGCUAAGAUUGUAUCAUCAAAAGCAUUCUGCCCUUUAAACUUCCGAAUAACAGACCGAAAUCUUAGUGACAUAGGUACUAUAAUGGAAGUGAAAGAACUUUCUCCACUGUGCGGUGCAGUGUCGUGGACUGGGAAACCUUUUACAUACUAUCAGCACACCAUUGAUAGGACACAGCUGGAGAUCUAUUUCCAACGAAUCAAAAACCCAAAACUCAGGGAUGAGGCGAUGAGCAGAAAUAAGAAAGGGAGAACGUCAACAUUGAAGGACAAUGCAGUACUGAACGGCCAGAUGCGAUACCAAACUGAACCCAAGAAAACUACACAUCACCCUCGGAUUGUGAAACGAAAUCGGCGCAAGAGCAAAACUGCUGCAAAUGAACGGAUCACAAAAGAAGAGGAGCCGCCACCACGGACCAAUGGAGAAUACGGUAAAAAAAGUCUGCCUCUCGUUCUUGGUCUCUUUUUUUUCUCUUUUUUUUUUUUCCUUCUUUUUUUCUUCUUUUUUUUUUCCUUUCCUUUUUUUUCCUUCUUUUUUUCCUUCUCUUUUUUUUCCUUCUUUUUUCCUUCUUUUUUUUCUCUUUUUUUCUUUUUUUUUCCUUCUUUUUUUUCCUUCUCUUUUUUCCUUCUUUUUUUCUCUUUUUUUUCCUUUUUUUUUUCUUCUUUUUUUCCUUCUCUUUUUUUCCUUCUCUUUUUUUUCUUUUUUUUCUUUCUCUUUUUUUUCCUUUUUUUUUCCUUCUCUUUUUUUCCUUCUCUUUUUUCCUUUUUUUUCCUUCUCUUUUUUCCUUCUUUUUUCCUUCUCUUUUUUCCUUCUCUUUUUUUUCUUCUCUUUUUUUUCCUUCUUUUUUUUCCCUUCUCUUUUUUUCCCUUCUCUUUUUUUUCCUUUUUUUUUCCUUCUCUUUUUUCCUUCUCUUUUUUUCCUUCUUUUUUUCCUUCUCUUUUUUCCUUCUUUUUUUUUCCUUCUCUUUUUUUUCCUUCUCUUUUUUUCCUUCUCUUUUUUCCUUCUUUUUUUCCUUCUCUUUUUUUCCUUCUCUUUUUUCCUUCUUUUUUUCCUUCUCUUUUUUUCCUUCUCUUUUUUUCCUUCUCUUUUUUUUUUUUUUCUCUUUUUUUUCUCUUUUUUCCUUCUCUUUUUCCUUCUUUUUUUUUUCCUUCUCUUUUUUUUCCUUCUCUUUUUUUUCCUUCUCUUUAA